GCUCCAUCUUGGGUAUUGCUACGUGUGGUACUUGUGGGGGAGAGUGACACUCUACUCGCAGUUCUGAUUCAAUUAACUAAGUUGACCAGACCUAUCUGCUAUUGCACUGGGUUUUAUGGGAGACACACCCAGUUAGGCAGACCAGAACUAACCUUUUAUUUUUUUCCCCAAAUGGUAAACGGUCUGAGUGAACUAUCGUCAGUUUUCCACCUCCUUUGUUGGCACUUCGCCCUUGCGAACGUGCUCGAGCCGCCCCUUUUGUCGCGCCUUGUUCGGACUUGUCUGCACUUCAGUCGCAUUGGAGAGAGAAAAGAGCGGGACCUGUCCAAAAACGGAACCGUAUCCACACAACUCUGAAUUUACAUUAAAUAUGUCUACCACCUCCAGCUGUCAAAAGCCCCAGGUUAUAAUGCACGCCCAACACAGAAAAAGUUUGACUCUAUAGCCAACGGGAUCCUGAGGACUUGAUUACAGUCGCUUCAAGCCUGAUAGUUUGCACCGGUGCGGCUGCCCCCCUACCCCCGGCUCACAUCCCUUUGGUCAACUGGCAUUACUUUUGACAGCCCCCUUCCUCCUCCGCUGGUUAAUAAGACUUGGGUUCCCUUGUGGUCUCUGUCUACUUUGCCUGCCUUCUCUUCCAUCGGUCCCUGCCCUCUACGGACACCAGUAGCAGUCCCUGGAGUUACAUAAUCCUGUAUUAGGCUCAGCCCCCAACAUUAAAUAGUGAGAUGAUUCCCAAUGGUUAUCUGCUCUUUGAAGAUGAGAGUCUCUUGGAUUCCACCGUAGCCAAGAUGAAUGCCCUGAGAAAGAGUGGACAGUUCUGUGACGUGAGACUGCAGGUGUGUGGUCAUGAGUUGAUGGCUCACCGUGCCGUGCUGGCCUGCUGUAGCCCCUACCUGUUUGAGAUCUUCAACAGCGACAUCGAACCUCACGGCGUGUCCCACGUCACCUUCGAUGACCUUGACCCAGAGGCUGUGGAGAUCCUGCUUAACUACGCCUACACUGCCCAGUUGAAGGCAGACAAGGAGUUGGUUAAGGAUGUCUACACUGCAGCCAAAAGGCUAAAGAUGGAACGAGUAAAGCAGAUCUGUGGUAACUACCUGCUGUCGAAGAUGGAAUCCCAUAGUGCCAUCUCCUUUCGUAACUUUUCCAGCUGCAUGGGAGACGGCCGCAUGCUCUCCAAGAUCGACAUCUACAUCCAAGAACACCUGCUGGAGGUCUCUGAGCAGGAGGACUUCUUCAAACUCCCCCGCCUCAAAUUAGAAGUAAUGCUGGAAGACAGCUUGAGCCUGCCCAGCAAUGGCAAGCUCUACUCCAAAGUGCUUAACUGGGUCCAGCGCAGACUGUGGGAGAAUGGAGACCAACUGGAUAGACUGAUGGAGGAGGUGCAAACGUUGUACUACUCAGCCGACCACAAGCUGCUCGAUGGCGCACUCAUCAUUGAGGAACAUGGGAUGUUUGGGGUUGGUGCGGAGGAGGACCACAUGCAGUUGGUUCAGAAGAAGCCCCCCCGUGAGAACAGCAACACCAAGAGACAGCCGAGCUCUUCCACCUCCGGCAGCUCUUCACCCUCCGGCUUGGCCUCCAACACACCCAAACCCUGCAGGAGAGAGUGGAAGUACAUCGCUUCCGAGAAGACCACCAACAACACCUACCUGUGUCUGGCCGUACUGGACGGGGUGUUGUGUGUGAUCUUCCUGCAUGGCCGCAAUUCUCCCCAGAGUUCUCCCUCUGCCACACCAUGUCUGAUGAAGAGCCUGAGCUUUGAGGCUCAGUCUGAGGAGCUGGAGGAACACCCGCUGACCUCCAUGCACUACGCCCGCUCUGGCCUGGGCACUGCCACCCUGCACGGCAGACUCAUCGCUGCAGGAGGGUAUAACCGGGAGGAGUGCCUGAGGACUGUGGAGUGUUACGACCCCAAAGAGGACCUCUGGACCUUUACUGCUCCCAUGCGGACUGCCAGGGCUCGCUUCCAGAUGGCCGUGCUCAUGGGUCAGCUGUAUGUGAUGGGUGGCUCCAACGGUCACUCAGACGAGCUGAGCUGUGGGGAGACCUACGAUCCCCACACUGACACGUGGGCUCAGGUGGCAGAGCUCCGGACCAAUCGCUGCAACGCAGGUGUCUGCUCGUUGAACAAUAAGCUGUUUGUGGUGGGAGGGUCAGACCCCUGUGGGCAGAAAGGACUGAAGAACUGUGAUGCUUUUGACCCUGUGACCAAGACCUGGAACAACUGUGCCCCCCUCAACAUCAAGAGGCACCAGGCUGCGGUAUGUGAGCUGGAUGGCUUCAUGUACGUGAUUGGAGGUGCUGAGUCGUGGAACUGCCUGAACACAGUGGAGCGCUACAACCCUGAGAAUAACACUUGGACCCUUAUCGCCCCCAUGAACGUAGCUCGCAGGGGGGCUGGGGUGGCCGUCUACAAUGGGAAGCUCUUAGUGGUUGGUGGGUUCGAUGGCUCCCAUGCACUGCGCUGCGUAGAGGUGUAUGACCCAGUCCGUAACACGUGGAGGAUGCUGGGUAGCAUGACCGUGGCACGGAGUAAUGCGGGUGUGGCUGCGCUGGGUGACGUCAUCUGCGCCGUAGGCGGCUUCGACGGAAACAACUUCCUGAACACGCUCGAGGUAUACGACCCUGAGACGGACGAGUGGAGUGACUGCGCCGAGGCCCUCUCCUCUUCCGUCUGAGGGUCAGGGGUUAAGGGGCUGUUAUGGGGGGUCUCAAACUAACAUGCGUAGUGCUUUUAAUUGUGUUUUGUGAUUUUCUGUACGUGAGCGGGAGGGACGGGAAUCAUUUUUGGAGGGUUGCCUAAAGCAACAUCAAGCCUUUGCAUAUUGCAUACAAUGUUUUUCGUGCUGUAUAUAUUUAGAUUGCUUUUUUUAUUUUUUGUAUUAAGAAUGCCAACAUCUUUAAUACAUUUGUGCAAUUGAGUUUCUUGGAACGUUUUGUGUAUUGUUUUCUGAGGGGUUACAGAGAAACACCUACUGUUUUGGUCACCAAGACUACCUUGGACUUAAUGGUGUGUUCAGAAUAGGUGACAGUACUGGAAAACAUUGAGUUGACUAGUUUUAGGAAAGUGAUUCUGAAUAUUUUUUUCCAUUUUGAACUGUCAUUUUAGCUCACACAUUUAAAUAUCUGCAAUUUUGAAGCCUUAUUCAAAGAAAGAGGGUAACUCCCAUGGCAUUUUUGUGUAGUUUAGACUAAAGCUGGAUUGCUUGAUAAAUAUUUAAUGCCCUUUUUAUAUUUUUAUACACUGCUGAUUUACCAAUAGAGGAAGUAGUGGACGCACAUGUCUGAGUCAUCAAACGAAACCAGUGCCAGUUUAGUAACGCGUAACACACACGCUAACCAACUCUUGUUGCUGCAUUUUGACUAAUCUACUAUUAUGGAGAUGCUGUUGUGUUGAGCGUUUUUGAAAGGGGUUCAGACAUUUGGCUUUUUUCUUUUGUGAGUUUAGAAUGAUUCAAUUGGAAAGUGCUGCAUCACAUUUGUAACAAGCUGAUAUUUCUUAACUAAUAAACCAUUUCAACCUGA